AUGCAGGGCGGAGGAAACAGCUUACCAGAUGGUGGCUACGGAUGGGUUGUGGUGGUGUCAGCCUUCAUAGUAAUGGGCCUUACCACUGCUGUCCUAAAGACCUUUGGUUUGUUCUUUGUUGAAAUUCAACAGCACUUUGAUGAACUUGCAAGCACCACUUCCUGGAUUACAUCAAUAACAAUUGCAAUGUUUCAUUUAGGAGCACCACUAGCUAGCAGCCUGUGUGCAAGAUACACUCAUCGAGCAGUUGUGAUCAUUGGAGGACUCCUGGCUUUCUCAGGGAUGACACUGGGGUCUUUUGGUUUCAACACUGUCUGGAUGUAUACAACUACUGGCUUCCUACAAGGUCUUGGGAUUUCCUUUUCAUGGACAUCAGCCAUUAGCAUUGUCAGCCAUUAUUUCUCUAACAGAAGGGCUUUGGCCAAUGCUGUUGCCAGUGCUGGGGAAUGUGCCUUUGCAUUCACCUUUGGCCCUUUUUUUCAGUGGUUAAUUGGUUUAUAUGGGUGGAAGAGUGCUCUGUUGAUCAUCGGUGGCAUUCAACUUAAUAUAUGCGUCUGUGGAGCACUGAUGCGACCCCUGAAGGACCGUUGUGUUCUUGAAGCUAGAAGUUCUGAAGCUCAGAGACCAUCCGGCAAGGUUGUGCCUAUGACUGGCAAGGAACAUGCAUCUCCCAUCACACAAAAAACAUUCAACUGGAUGCUUGUGAAGAGACUGGAGUUUAUUCUUUAUGCCAUUUUUGGUAUUUUAGCUGCUAUGAGUUUUUUCAUUCCCCCAUUAUUUUUGGUUCCACUUAGCUACAGCCUAAGGAUAGAUGAGUCUUGGACUGCAUCGCUCCUGUCCAUUUUGGCUAUAGCAGACUUCAUGGGCAGGUUGUUGUGUGGCUGCACGACAGUCUCCAUCCACAUCACAGUGCUGGCAGAUGUCGUGGGCAUGUCAGAUUUUGACAGUGCCCUGGGGCUCUUUAUGCUCAUUCGAAGCACUGGAGGUUUUCUGGGGCCUCCUCUUGCUGGUCUGAUUGUGGACAUGGCAGAAAAUUACAGUGCAGGCUUCUACAUAGCAGGAGUCACUCUCGUCAUAUCUACCGUAUUUUUGGUUGUUAUAGAUCAACUCCAGCAGAAGAAAGAGCAAGAGACCCAGACAGACACUAAACCAAAGAAGCAAAUCCUUCUUUUCCCUUCCCUCUAUUUCCUGAAAUUUAAGACUGGAAAGUGUCAAGAACAAAAUAUGGGGGUGUGA